AUGGCCACCAAAUGGUGUCUGGCCUCCAAAGGCCCCACACCAAAGCCCAAAGUCCUUACCAGCGGCCAGGAGCAAGCCACACCCACGGAAGGCUUCCACGAAGCAGAUGGAGGCAAGUGUGGGAAGGACGCAACCGGGGAACGGAAGCUGCUGAGCAUGGAGCUGGACAAGGCUACGGGAUCGCUGCUCCUGGCCUUCCCGCCCUGCGUUGUGCGGGCCCCUGUGGCCAGGUGCCACCAGCACUCCACCUGUAUGAACAUUCCCGGCUCGGCCGUCUGCGCAUACGACAUGGGCCAAAUUGCAUCUGUUUUUGAAGGUCGCUUCCGGGAACAAAAAUCUCCCGAAUCCAUUUGGACCCCGGUCCCGGAAGAGCUCGUUCCCAAACCACGGCCCCUUCCAACCCUGUUAUUCCAUGUUAUUCCUACAGGCCUGGUGACCGAAAGCUUUGUGGAUGAACCCAAUGGGCUGGUGUCCGUCAACUUGCUGGUCAUCUCUUCUGUGGCUGCCUUCGUCAUCGGAGCGGUGAUCUCGGGCUUUAGCGUCUGCUGGUUCAUCGGACAUCGAGACCGCAAGGAACUGGCUCGCCGCAGAGAUAAGGAGAACAUCCUUGCGCAUGGAGAAUCCGUGGUCAGCGUCAGCCGGCUGGGAGAUCGGCGCUCCCGGGGACCCGGCGGCCAACCGGAGAACUUGUUGGCUCCGCUCAUGCAGAACGGGUGGCCCAAAGGACUGAUUAAGAUGGGCCCACAUGACCUCGAUUCAGGGGUACUCCCCACUCCAGAGCAGACCCCCUUGCAACAAAAGCGGUACCCCAAGCCGUGCAGCUGGGAGUACAGCCACAAUCUCAUUAAUGCUUCCCUGCGCGGCGGAGAGCCGCCAUCCUCGGUUAUCCUUCUCCAUGCGGGACACACCGCGGUGCCGUCGCACCUGAGUUCUGGACGAGUCAUCCCCAUUUCCUGCCAGACCGUGUUGAUGGACCAAGAACUGGACAGCGAAGGAGCAGACCUCUCGCUAGACAUGCGCUAUCUCCCAGUUAGCGGUGGCGAGGGACCGAGAAGUAUCCAAUCGCAGCCUGGCCCAUUGGCUCACCGACCUUGCGGGACUCGGAGCUCAUACGGCAGCGAGCUGCCGAUCACGCCGCACGACAGCCCGGAUCGGCGGCGGGUUGUAUCCGCUCCGACCGGGGACACAGGCAAUCAGUGGAACCCCGAGAAGCUGAACUUCAAUAGUAACAGCACGGGCAGCAAGGGGAGCGCUCACCUCAGGCGCACCCACACGUUCAACAGCGGGGAAGGUCAGGCCACCCACGCCCGAGCCCAGCGGACAUCGACGCCAGGACCUCAUCACACCCUCACAGACUACAGUCAUCUCUUGAAAUACAGUGGUGCAGAGCGGACUCCGUCUUCGGUCAAAUAG